AUGUGCUUGUUAAAAAGGAAAAAAAAAUCUGUCGUCAGCGGUGAUGCUGGGGGACCAAGUAUUGUAGUGUAUCCAUCACAUCAAGGCUCUUGCUUACAAUUUUCAACGAAAGAUAUAUUAUUUAGUUUGCCGCCAUUACGUCAUUCAAAUUCUUUGGGAGAUUUAAAUGAAAUAGAUUUGGAUGAAAAUGAUUCGGAUGAUGGAAAUACCGAACCGUUGAUACUAACCGAAAGAAAACGUAACAGGCGUUCGAAUUCAUUUAGCUGUUACGGUUUGGGUGUCGUAGACCCGGCACUCUACGGUAAUUGUACCAUUAAUUUGGAAGAAGACGUUCAAUUUCCGGAUGAUCACAUAGGAAGACUUUGGUUUUCCGUACGUUACGAAAACGCGACGGAAAAAUUACUCGUUUCCAUAUUGAAAGCUAAAAAUUUACCCAGUAGAACCGUUGGAACGGUUAACGGUUGCGAUCCGUUCAUAAGACUUCAUCUUUUACCAGAUGAAAGAAGAUACCAACAAUCUAAAGUUAAAAAGAAAUCUUGUAAUCCAUUUUUCGACGAAACUUUUGUGUUUCAGGUACCCGCAAAAGAUUUAUUAGAUCAUUUAUUAAAACUCACCGUUAUCGAUUCCGGAAGAGCCAAACGUCGAAGUAUAAUUGGUCACGUGGUACUACCAUUAAACGAAUUCGUUACGGAAACGGAAGUCAAAUUAUUUAAAAUGGAUUUGGAAAAAAAAAUCGUUGAAGAUUGGUUGCUAACGGCUAAUGGAGAAUUACUCGUUAGUCUUUUAUAUAACGAAACGCUCGGUCGAUUGAGCGUGACAGUAAUCGAAGCUAAAAAUCUUAAGUUUAGAAAUAUCGAUAAACAAGAUUCGUACGUGAGAAUAACAUUAAAUCAAAAUUACAAAGCUAUUAAAGUGAAAAAAACGAGCGUGGUCAGAGGUAAAAACGAUCCGAGUUUUUUCGAGUGUUUUAAUUUCCGUUUAACUCCUGCCACGACGGAUGUUAGCAGUUUGUGUUUUGAAGUUUUUCAAUGUGUUUCCGGAUACGGAAGAGUUAAUUGGAAAAUUUAUUUUGGGAUCUUACAUGUUUGCAAGAGGAAAAGGAAAUUCUCAUUGGAUUUCGGCAUUAUCUAA